AAGAAUAUAAAAGGGAGGCAGAACACCUGUGGGUCUUAGAGGGCAGAAAGGACGGAGUUUACCUGUGCUUCAAAGAUGAACUCGUUUGUAGCAGUUGUAGUUGCGGUGUGCGUCUUUGCGCCAGGCGCUCACGGUGCCGCAGACUCAGUCGCUUGGUGUUACCACAAUUCAACUUGCAAUGACGCCACCUGGCCGACUAUUGCAGCUAAAUAUUGUAAUGGCUCGCGUCAGUCUCCCAUCAACAUCAUCUCAGCAGACGCAACUGUCAACGACAACCUGGUUGCAUUCAGCUUUGAGCAGUAUGACAACACCUCAGCUCUGGACAAGAUCGAGAACACUGGAAAGACGGUGAAAGUGGUAUUGAAAUCUGGUGUCAAGAUUUCUGGAGGUGCCUUGUCUGAAGCUUACGACAGCCUGCAGUUCCAUCUGCACUGGGGGAGCGGCUCAUCUAUGCCCGGCUCUGAGCACACUGUGGAUGGCAAGCGUUAUCCUAUGGAGUUGCACAUUGUAAACAGCAAGUCAUCCCUUAAUAAGAACUUGAGUCUUAUUCUUGCGGACCCUGAAGGACUUGCUGCUCUUGGGUUCUUCAUUGAGGCAACGUCAGGUGAUGAAACUGGCCAGCCUGCUAGCUGGAACACUUUGACCUCCUACUUGAAGAACAUCACACUGGCAGGUCACUCAGUUGCAAUGACACCUGGGCUUUCUCUGAAUGAUCUCCUGACUGGGGUGGACCGCACAAAGUAUUACCGCUACCUCGGCUCCUUGACCACCCCCCUCUGCAAUGAAGCUGUGGUAUGGACUGUGUUCAAGGAUACAAUCAAAGUCAGCAAAGAUCUGAUUAAUCAUUUCAGCACAAUGCUGCACAUCUCCAACACUACAGAUUCACCUUUGAUGGUCAACGUCUUCCGAAAUAUCCAGCCAGCGCAGCCAGUCACAACACAGCGCGCCGCCAGUAGCGGCUCUGCCACCAAACUCAGCUCCCUGGCCAGUUUGAUGCCUCUCGGCCUGCUUCUCUGGAGGAAUUAGAGUAAAAUAUAACCAAAGCUAAGGUUUCAGAGAACCAGGCCAACCUGUUGGUGGAUUUUACUUAUUUUAAUGUUUAAGUAUUCACUGAGAGCUUAAAUUGGCACCCUCAAACCAGCUUGUGUAGCAGUACUAACAUUUGAUCAAUGUUUUCUAAAUGACUCUGAACCAUACAAGACCAUUUUAAUACUCAGUAUAGCUCUCCAUUGAUGAAGUUUGGACAUGACAACUCUGUUCUAAUAAAGUUGCCCCUGAUGUUGUCUA